AUGACGGUAGAUCAAAAGUAUUGGGAGGAGUUGAAACCUUACCAAGAGGGAGUUCCUCCUCACGAUCCUGAAUCCAAUAAAGAACGUUACCUUAUUAAGGAUGGUAAUCGUCGUAAAUUUGAUAUUGAAAGUACCACUAAAAGGUUUGAGCAUCUUUUAUCAUUAAGUGGAAUUUUCAGACAUUUCAUCGAAAGAAGAGCCCAAAAGGAUGAUAGGUUUAAGAAAGUGUUGGAAGUGUUAGAUACUAAUGGUGGUAAGAAGAAAAGUGGUAGAGGUGGUGAUAAGAGAAGACGUAAAACUGAGAGGGAGGAAGAUGCGGAAUUGUUGAAAGGUGAAGAAGCAGAAGAAGCAGAAGAAGAUGAGAUCGAUUUUCAAUUUACCGAAUCACCAUCCUUUGUGAAAGGAUCCCUAAGGUCUUAUCAGAUUCAAGGUUUGAACUGGUUAAUUUCAUUGCAUACAAAUGGAUUAGCAGGUAUACUGGCAGACGAAAUGGGUCUUGGUAAAACUUUACAAACCAUUGCGUUCUUAGGGUAUUUAAGAUACAUUGAAAAGGUACCAGGCCCCUUCUUCAUCAUUGCACCUAAGUCUACUCUGAAUAAUUGGAUUAGAGAGAUCAACCACUGGACUCCUGAAUUCAAUGCCUUCAUCAUGCAAGGUACGAAAGAGGAAAGAUCAGAGUUGGUCAAUAAGAGACUCUUAGCCUGUGAUUUUGAUAUUGUUGUGGCGUCUUAUGAAAUCACAAUUAGAGAGAAGAGCUCUUUCAAGAAAAUGGAUUGGCAAUACGUGAUCAUAGAUGAGGCCCAUAGAAUUAAAAAUGAAGAAUCGAUGUUAUCACAAGUACUUCGAGAAUUCUCAUCAAGGAACAGGUUGCUAAUCACUGGUACUCCUCUACAGAACAACCUACACGAAUUAUGGGCAUUACUAAAUUUCUUAUUACCUGACAUUUUCUCCAAUUCUGAGGAUUUUGAUGAGUGGUUUUCUUCAGAGGGUACGGAAGAGGAUCAAGAGAAUAUCGUUAAACAAUUGCACACUGUUUUGCAUCCUUUCCUGUUGCGUCGUAUCAAAAGUGAUGUGGAAAAAUCGUUAUUGCCCAAGAAAGAGUUAAACGUUUACGUGGGGAUGUCUACCAUGCAGAAGACAUGGUACAAGCAAAUUUUGGAGAAGGACUUGGAUGCAGUGAAUGCAUCUGGUGGCCAAAAGGAAUCAAAGACGAGAUUACUUAACAUCGUUAUGCAAUUGAGGAAAUGUUGUAACCAUCCAUACUUAUUUGACGGUGCCGAACCAGGUCCACCAUAUACUACAGAUGAGCAUUUGGUUUACAAUUCUGCAAAGCUUAAAGUUCUAGAUAAGUUGUUAAGAAAGAUGAAAGAGCAAGGUUCUCGUGUAUUAAUCUUCAGUCAAAUGUCUAGGUUGCUAGAUAUUCUAGAGGACUAUUGUUUUUUGAGAGAAUAUGACUACUGCAGAAUCGAUGGUUCCACAGAUCAUGAAGACAGAAUAAGGUCUAUUGAUGAAUAUAACCGCCCUGAUUCUAACAAGUUUUUAUUUUUGCUAACUACUCGUGCUGGUGGGUUGGGUAUCAAUUUGACUAGUGCCGAUGUGGUGGUCCUGUAUGAUUCCGAUUGGAACCCUCAAGCUGAUCUUCAAGCUAUGGAUAGAGCACAUCGUAUUGGUCAAAAGAAACAAGUCAAGGUCUUCAGAUUCGUCACAGAUAAUUCAGUCGAAGACAAAAUUUUGGAAAGAGCUACUCAAAAGCUAAGAUUGGACCAAUUGGUUAUCCAGCAGAGCAGGACUUCAUUACAGAAGCAAAAGAAGGAAAAUAAAAAUGAUUCUAAGGAUGCUCUACUUUCGAUGAUCCAACACGGUGCUGCGGAUGUUUUCCAAAGCUCCAGUUCCAGUCAUGCAAACACUCCACAACCAGAUGGUGAAGAUAACAAGGACGGUGACAUUGAUUUGGAUGAAAUUUUAGCUUCUUCCGAAUCCAAGACCAAGUCUCUAGCUGCCAAGUAUUCUGCUUUAGGUCUUGACGACUUGCAAAAAUUCAACCAAGAUUCUGCCUACGAAUGGAACGGCCAAGACUUCAAAAAGAAAAUUCAAAAGGACAUUAUCGAUCCUACAUGGAUUGAGCCCACCAGAAGAGGACGUAAAGCUGCUGAUUAUUCGAUCGAUGGAUACUACAAGGAUGUUCUGCAGACGGGUAAACCAGCUGCACCAGCUCAACCCAAGAUGCCAAAACCCCAUCCCUUCUACUCUCAUCAAUUGCAACAUCCUCAACUGAAAUCACUUUACGAGAAAGAACGUUUCUGGAAUGCCAAGAAGGCAGGUUAUACGCCCAACAUGGACGACGUGAAAAACACCUAUGGGGACAUCACUGAUGAAAAGGAAAAGAAUCAGAAAUUAGAGAUUCUAAAGCUGUCUAUUAGUAACGCACAGCCUCUCACUGAAGAAGAGGAAAAGAGUAAAACUGAAUGGGAAAGUGAAGGUUUCACUAAUUGGAGUAAGACAGAGUUUAGAAAAUUCAUUACAGCAUCGGGGAAAUAUGGUAGAAAUUCUAUCCAAGCUAUCGCUCUGGAAUUAGCACCGGGCAAGACCGUGGAUGAAGUACGAGACUAUGCUAAGAGUUUUUGGGCUAACAUUGAGCGUGUGGAAGAUUAUGAGAAACACUUGAAAUUCAUCGAGGGUGAAGAAGAGAAGAUCAAGAAGGUCAAACAUCAACAAGAGGCACUACGUCGUAAGAUGACCCAGUGUACGAACCCAUUAUUUGAUCUAACGUUAAAUCAUCCACCAUCAACAAAUAACAAGAGAACGUUCUCCGAAGAGGAGGACCGCUUUAUUUUGAUAAUGCUAUUCAAAUACGGAUUGGACAGGGAUGAUGUCUACGAGUUGAUGCGUGAUGAGAUUAGAGACUGUCCUCUAUUUGAAUUCGACUACUAUUUCCAAAGCAGAACUCCGGUAGAAUUAGCAAGGAGAGCUUACACUUUAUUGCAAUGUCUGGAGAAGGAAUUCAAUUCUGGUCUAACGCUAGACGAACAGACCAAGAAACGCCUACAAGAAGAAGAUGAAACUGGUAAGAGGACAAGAGAAGAAAUGGAGAAAGAGCAUGAAGCGGCAUCUUCAGAGUCUCAAGUAAAACAAGAACAACAAAAGGACGUUGAAGAGGAUGCUACAGCCACGACUGCAGACGCAGCAGAUGUUGAUUCCUCUGAUGUUCCUGCCGCCAGCAACGGAACCAGUGAAGCAGUCAACGACCAAAGCGAUGACGCCAACAAGAGAGUAAAACUAGAGUAG